AUGGGGAAAGGAAACAGUAAGCUGGCGCCAGAGGUUCUGGAUGACCUCACCAAGAGUACUGAGUUCAACGAGGCUGAGCUCAAGCAGUGGUACAAAGGCUUCCUCAAAGACUGUCCCUCUGGUAUACUGAAUCUAGAGGAGUUCCAACAACUAUAUGUCAAGUUCUUUCCGUACGGCGACGCGUCUAAGUUCGCCCAGCACGCCUUCCGGACCUUCGAUAAGAACGGUGACGGGACCAUCGACUUCCGGGAGUUUAUCUGUGCUCUGUCAAUCACCUCGAGGGGGAGCUUUGAGCAGAAACUCAACUGGGCCUUUAACAUGUAUGACUUAGACGGAGACGGCAAGAUCACACGCAUGGAGAUGCUAGAGAUUAUAGAGGCGAUCUACAAGAUGGUUGGCACUGUGAUAAUGAUGCGUAUGAACGAGGACGGGCUGACUCCCCAGCAGCGUGUGGAUAAGAUCUUCUCCAAGAUGGAUAAAGAUCACAACGAUGAGAUCACACUGGAGGAGUUCAAAGAGGCAGCCAAGAGCGAUCCCUCCAUCGUCCUACUGCUGCAGUGUGACAUGCAGAAAUAG